UGGGCUCCUCUGAAGCUCUUGCCCAGGCCGGGGAAGGGAAAGGUGGCUCAGCGUGGAAAUGUGGGAGGAAAAGGGAGCCCACGGCCUGGGUCCUGGGAAGGGGCAGGCCAGGCAAGGCAGAGGGAGUGGGGAAGGGGGGGCGAUGGCCCACGUGCUGGUGGGGGACAGGGGAACAAUGGGGCCUUUGGUGAUUGUGCCGGAUCCUUCCCCCCCCACCCCCAGCUUCCCAGCGUGUCCCCUCUGUGGGCUGGAUCCGGGUGGCUGCUUGGGGGCGGGGCAGGGGGCCCUGAAUGGGCCCCUUGUCUCAACGCUGGGUGUGGGCCAGGCUCCCCGGGCACACUGUGCCCUUGCCAGGCCUGGCCAGCCUCCAUGGCCUCCCCCCGCAGCUGGCUGACGCUGGGGCCCUGUGGGUAAGCAGGCCCCUCCCUGACGGCCUCAGCUCCCGUCCCAGACAGAAGAGGCAGGUGGGGAGAAAGACCCCAUCUAGUGGGGAGGCGGGGAAGCAGCAGCCACCACUCGGGAGGGAUCUUGGGGUUUGGACUCCCUGCCCUGUGGCUCCCUAGAUUUAUGACUUCAGCAGGCUCUCCUGGUUUCCCCGAAUCUCAGCUUCCUCCUGGGUGAAAUGACCCUGACAAAAAUGCCUACCUGAAGGGCAGCUGGGAGGGGUUACAUGGCCCCAUACAUGGGAAAUGCCCAAGGAGCACCAGCGUUGUGUUCACUGAGUUUCCCUUCCUUGGAUUUGGGGGAAAGAGGGUCUAGGGUACAGGGAUUGGCUCUGGGGGUCCUGGAAGGGCCUCGGGGGUUGGGGUCAGGGCCAGGAAGACUCUCACAAUGGUCUAGAACUCUCUCUCCCUCUGGGUUCUCAUCCACUUUUGACUCCUCUCCCUGUCUCAGGGAGGGGAGGAAGGGCCUAGGAUGACUCACUGCGGCGAUCUUUCCUCCUGGAUUCCCUAUUUCUUUCUUCUCUGCUGUGCCUGAAGUUCCCCAGAGACCCCUUAGGUGGCGGCCGCUGGCCCGCAGCCUCUCCCCCUCCCCGUCCCCACUGAACUAAAUGCUCAUUCUGUCCCCUUCUUGGGACUCGUGUAAUCGGGAGAAAUGGCCGUGGUUAUUAAGUUCUUCCGAUGGAUUUGGCAAAAGAUUAGCCGCUGGGUUUUCUUCUGGAAACACAAAACUAAGUCAGUCAUCACGGAUCAUACUGACUCCAAGAAAAAUGAGUUGAAGGCGGAGAAGGCUUUCAAGGUGUCUGAGACUUUCAAGUUGGUUGAGCCCCCCAAGGAGGCUAAGGUCUCCAAGAUGGAUGUGUCCCCAAAGGUGGUCGACCCCUGCCUGUUAGCCAAGACCACCACGGAUGGGGCUGCGGUGGAGGCGGGUCGCCGUCGGAGAUCACUGUUGCAGCUGCCCCAGGUGGCCGUCAAGUCCGUCUCCAUGCUCAUGGCCUCCGCCCUGCAGUCUGGCUGGCAGAUGUGCAGCUGGAAGUCAUCUGUGAGUUCUACCUCAGUUGCCUCCCAGAUGAAGACCGGGUCCCCCAUGGAGUCACAAGAGGCUGCGAUGUUGAGGGAAGUGUACCUGGUGCUUUGGGCUGUCCGGAAACAGCUGCGGCACCUGGCCCGCCGGCAGGAGAGACGGCGCCAGCGGCACCUCCGGGCCCACAUGGGCCCCCAGCCUGACCCAGUUCAGGGUCUGAAACAGGAUGCCCGGAGUCCCCUCUAGGGGGGAAGCCCACAUCCUCAGAAAGCCCCCGCCUCACUCUUAGGUAAGGUUGAUGGGAGAGGUUAGAGCAGCAGGCCAGGAGUUGUGGGUGAGGAGAAGUUGUCACACCGUCACCUCUCAUCGAGACCUGGAGGCCUGGCCCGGGGCGGGGUGGGGGGGGGCGGUCCCACAUACACUCCCCUUCAUUCCUUUUAUUCAAUUUGUAAAAAGAAUUAUCAAAAUGUUGGGAAAUAAUAUCAGAUAUUUCCGAGUA